AUGGAGCCUGCGGAUCUUGCGAGGAUUCUGCAGUAUCAUGUCCUUAUGAAUCAGGUCCGGUUCACCACAGGAGUGGCGACCAAGAUGGGCUAUAAGAGUCUGAUGGGCGAGAAGGUUUCGCUGCGGAAGGAAGAUACUACCGUCUUUGCCAAUUCUGCCAAGGUCACCAUCAAGGAUAUCAUCACCAGCGAUGGUGUUAUGCACGUCAUUGAUAGUGUCCUCAACCCAGCAUCACCCAAGUUGAGCCCGGGAACCUCGACGGCUGCCUUCCCCGGAGCAGUUCAAGCUGCUAAUGCCCCCUUCACUGACGGUGUCAAGCCGACUGCGAAUUUCACUCCGGCUGGGGCGAGUUCGAGAAGCUUUGAUGCCUCGCUCAAGUUUGCUAUGAUGGGGUUCAUGGGCUCUCUGGCUGUUGCGUACCUGUAA